AUGCACUAUGAGGCACGUUUGGUUUUCUUAAUCUGCUACCUUGAAAGGAAAUUUGAAGUAGAGUGUGCCGUUCAUCCGUCACCGAGAAGAGUCGGAGCUAUUCCUGAUGAGGCAUCAACAAUAUGCCGCAAAAGUGCCGUCCACUAUGCGAAGAUCUUUGAAGGAGGCUUUACACUUCUAAUUUUCGGCGCUCCGAUAACUGGGCGAGCAGAAUAUAAAGAAAGUGAUUUCAAAAGACUUACUAAAUCAAAAUGCUUAUCUGACAAAAAUGAAAUAACCGAGAAGACGGCAUCUGGUGCCCAAUGUGGACUUCUGUGUACAGCACAUGCUCAGUGUGGAUAUUUUAGCUAUUGUAAUGGCGCCUGUCAUUUGCAUCGACCCUUUUACAGCGAAGAACUUGAAGAUUAUACUUGCAACAGUUCAUUGUAUAUUUUGCUGAAUGAAAACGGUAAACAUUGGCAGAAAGUAUUUGAGAUAACCAAAAAUUCAUUUGAAAGAAGUCCUAUUUAUCUAUACUGGGACAUUUUGCCUAUUAAAAAGGUGGAAUUUCAGUUGAGUCGACCUAAUAAAACUUACUCGCUAAUUUUCAAUGGAACGGGGACAAAUUCCACAUCGUGGUUCCGGGAAGAUAAACUCAUUUCCCAUCCUUUGGCAAGCGGUACUCCAAUGAAAUUUACAUUCAAUAAUAAUUUCAGCAUGCCAUAUUUUCGCAUUGAUUGGGGAAUUACUGGCGAAUUUGGAUGGAUGGAAGCCCAAAACAAGAAUGGGAAUUACGAAAUUAAGUAUAAAACAAAGAACAAAACUGAAAACCGGCAGAAAGUGUUUAAGAUGACCGAAAAAACAUUUUACAAAAGUCCUAUAUAUUUAUACUGGGACAGUUUGCCAAUUGAAAAGGUGAAAUUAUGGUUCAGCAAAAGUGACAUACGUUAUGUGUACACUUUCAAUGGAACGGGGACGAAUUCUACAUCAUGGUGUCAUAUUGAUAAAUUUAUUGAUCAUACUUUUACAAGCGGUACUCCAACGAAAUUUACAUUCAAUAAUAAUUUCAGAGAACCGCAUUUUCGUGUGGAUUUUCAAGCUGCAUCUAGUACUGGUGGCGGCUGGAUGGAAGCUCAAAAGAAAAGUGGAACCCACGAAAUUUAUUGGCAGAGGGAGAAAGGUAAAAAAACAUAUCUUACACACAUGGCCGUCUCAGUUAUUCUAAAGUAGAAUAUGUUUAAUCCAGAAAUUGUGUAUUGUUAUAUUCCUACAAAACGAUAUCAAUACAUACAUACACCAAGUUUUCCACAAAAUUGUUCCAUCUUUAAGCUCCAUCCUGUCAACACCUCAAAUGUAAAAUUCUCCCCUGAAGAAGGAGGCGGUGCUAUCCGAUAAUGGAACCAAGUAACUAACAUUAUUCCGGACCACCAACCCUCCAGAAACAGCUGCUGGACUCGUAAAACGCAACUUAUAUAACUCCUGAUAGCAUUUAUUUUCUGUUCAAGUCCGACUCUUUUAAAUCCAUUCACAUGUACAUUUUCCAUAUUAAGUAUAUUCAGUAUUCUGUGUAAACUGACUUACCUAACUUGCUUGUUCUUACAUCUAUUCCUCUAUCUACUCAAGUUCAAAUCUCUUGAGCAUUUCGAAGUGUAUUCUAUAUAGAGAAC